AUGGCUCUGCCCAAGCGUAUUGUCAAAGAGACCGAGCGUCUCAUGGCCGAGCCCGUCCCGGGUAUCAGUGCCGUUCCCCACGAGGACAACCUCCGCUACUUCGACGUCGAGAUCCACGGCCCUACACAAUCACCAUAUGAAGGUGGUGUUUUUAAGCUCGAGCUCUUCCUGCCCGAUGACUACCCCAUGACUCCCCCCAAGAUUCGCUUCCUCACCAAGAUCUUCCACCCCAACGUCGACAAGCUGGGUCGUAUCUGCCUUGAUGUCCUGAAGAACAACUGGUCCCCUGCUCUCCAGAUCCGCACGAUCCUCCUGUCCAUCCAGGCCCUUCUGGGUGCCCCGAACCCCGACGACCCGCUUGCUGCCGACGUUGCGAAGAGCUGGAAGGAGGACGAGCAGGCGGCUAUUGCGACGGCUAAGGAGUGGACUGCCAAGUACGCUGUGCCCAAGUAG